GCCCGCCGCGAGCACAGCCGCUGCCGCCGCCCACAGAAGAAGAACAACUUUCUCCUUUGUUGCCAACUUCUGCCCUGUCCUGCCUCAGUCCGGCGCCGCUGCUGGAGGGAGAGCCGAGGAAAGGCAGGUGGUGGCCGGGGACCAAGGGGAUUGCGGAUUGAAGGCCCCAACUGUACAUCUGGGUUGGCAGGCAGGCCGUCUCCCUCGGAAAUCAUGGACUAGCAUUGAGAUUUUGACAAAGAGAAUUCGGUCAGGUAUAAAACUCCAAGAUUACUCCAGAGGAGGAGGACACUAAGUUUUCAGAAAGAGUUUUCAUUUGAGGAUAAAGAAGAACUUGCUAAUAGCACCAAGGAUAUUGAUGCCAACCUUUUAGCAGUGCUGCCAAAAGUUUCUGAAUUAAGAAAGCUCUUUGAACCAAACAGGCAGGAUACCUUGGAAAUGAAAAGGAAAGAGAGGAUAGCUAGGCGUUUAGAGGGAAUUGAAAAUGAUUCUCAGCCUAUCCUUUUGCAAAACUGCCCUGGAUUGGUUACCCAUCGUUUGCUAGAAGAAGAUACACCAAGAUAUAUGCGUGCAACAGAUCCAUACAGUCCUCACUUUGGAAGAUCAAAUAAGGAAGAAAGCUCAGAUUCUUCUUUAGAGAAUCAGCCCAGAUCCAGAUACCAAACAGAAUCCACUGGAGGAAAAACAAAGCUGCCUUCUUACAGUCCAUUAGUCAUGGAUACCCAGGGACUUGAAUCCAAAGCUGAAAGGAUAGCUAGGUACAAGGCAGAGAGACGGCGCCAGCUGGCUGAAAAAUAUGGACUCUCGAUAGAUUCCGAUGUGGACUCUGAAUAUUUAUCCAAAUACACCAGGGCAAGGAAAGAUCAAGAUGUGGCUGAGAAAAGAGUGCUGAAGAGCGAGAAGCAGGAGGACGAAAGCAAAGAUUAUAGUUCUCUGUACUCCCUGCGGACUGAGAACAAAGAGACGAAGAUUGGUGCUUCUGAGUUGAAGGAAUAUUUUGGGCAUGAGAGAGAGGGCUCUCCAGAGAGGGAUAAACUGCAUUUGAACGAGGAGAAUGAGAGAGAAGCACCAGAGCCUAGUUCCAGUAAGCAUGACCUAUCCUCUGUGUUGGACAAUUCCACAUCCUACCCCUUUCCUGGCCAUGACUCCUCCCUAAGUGAAGUGCCAAGUUCGCCAAAGCAAAUCCGCAGGGUUUCUCUUUCCUCACCAAAGCAACUAGCUUCACCAAGUCAUUCCCUCAGCAGCACCAGAUUAGGUAGUGCAGGGAAAACAAAACCUGAUUGGUUUCUUCAGAAAGAUUCGGAUGGGGACACAGCUUCACUUAUCAACUGGCCCUCCAGAGUAAAAGUUAGAGAGAAACUGGUGAAAGAGGAAAGUGCUCGUGGAAGCCCUGAACUUCUAACAGAGACAGUGUCUCAAAGAAAGUUUCGCCCAGUGCCUGUAAAAUUCGUGCCUCUGCAGUCUGAAACAUCUGCUUUCCAUAGGGUUGCAAAUCAGCCACUUGGUUUGGUUCGCCAACCAAUACAUGGCUAUGUCCAACCUGCUGGAAUUGUUCAUACAGCUAAACUAGUGGCAGCGGAAGAACCAGAAAGCAGCAACCUUCCUGUGCUGGCAAAUGCCAAUUUGAUAAGUCAGUUCCGAGCAGAUGCUACAUUGGAAGAUGAAAAAAAAGACUUAUGUCAGAAUCAUGGAUCACUGAAACUAGAAUACUCCAAUUUGAAAGCUGAGCAAGAAAGACAACCAGUUUUGCCUUCGGAGAUUGAUGGACAAGAGAAGAACAGAGAGAGCCACUUGAAAGGAGGUGAAUUUGAGAAACCAACAGUUGGCAAGCCCAAAUUGUUUGAAUUGAAGAGAGAUCUAGAACGCUAUAAGCAGUGGAUGCCUGGACCACAGGUGAAGAACCAAGAGAAUGCUGAAAGGAGUGAAAGAGUUAUGUAUCUACAGAGUGGUAAAGGGAAAGCUCAGGAGGAGAUUCCAGUGAGGCAUAAGCUUCUUACUCGCUCAAUGUCUGAUUAUACUGGAUCUCCUAAAUUAGAGGUUUUCAAAAGUAAGGAGCAUGUUGCAAAGAAUGCAGUGGAGUUUCAGAGCACUGAAGCCAAGAUCUCCAAUGGUGAGAUUGCCACGGUUGACACAAAAGUCUCUGUUGCCCAACUCCGUAAUGCCUUUUUGGAAACUGCCAAUGCCAGCAAGAAACCUGAACUUGAAUCUCAGUUUGAGAUGCCAACAUCAGGUACUGAUUUGUCUGCCAAUGCUGAACGCGAAAGAGGGUCACGAAGGCCAAGACGCUAUUUUUCUCCUGGGGAAAGUAGAAAGACUUCUGAGAGAUUUAGGACUCAGCCUAUAACUUCAGCAGAGCGAAAGGAAACAGAUAGGUCUGCAUUCAGUCCAGAAAUGCCAGCUCCUGAGGAUGAAGAGAAAGUGGAUGAGCGAGCCAAGUUGAGUGUAGCGGCAAAAAGGUUGCUUUUCAGGGAAAUGGAAAAGUCAUUUGAUGGAAAAAAUAUUCUGAAACCUCGUUCAAGAAAUUCGGCCGUGGAAAGAAGGCUGAGGCGAAUGCAGGAUAGGUCACGCACGCAACCCAUUACCACCGAAGAAGUGGUCAUCGCAGCUACUGAAUCUACCCCUGCCUCAUGUACUGUGAAUACCCACAAUCUAGUGACAAGAAUACCUAAUCCCUCUGUAGUUAAGAGCACUGUACAUCCUACCAGGUUGCAGGCAUCUGCACAGCAAAAGACUUUAGCUAAAGAAGAAAUAAAAGAAGCCAAAGAAACCCUCGAACAGGACCAGUCUGGGGAACCAGAUUCCUCCACCUUAAGCUUGGCGGAAAAGAUGGCCUUAUUCAACAAGUUAUCCCAACCAGUAACAAAGGCAGUUUUCACUAGGAGCAGAGGGGACCUUAGACAAAGGAGACUAAAUACACGUUACCAAACCCAGCCUGUCACACUUGGAGAAGUUGAGCAGGUACAGAGUGAGAGCGGGAAGAUUGCUCCUUUGUCCCCCACUAUUGUAACAACAGUUUCAACCAUGGUAUCCGCCUUGUCGCCAGUCUAUAGUCAGGAUCUGCAUGUGAAGGCAGCAGAGGACGAGCAUGUGGGCGAGGCUGAUAAUGCUGAUUUGAGGUACUGCUCUCCAAUGGAAAAUGUGGACGCUUCCUUAAAAAACAUCCUGAAAACGGAGUUAUGGCAGCCUUCUGUGGAAAUGAGAGAGAGCAGCCGACAGUCGAGGGAGCAUGAAGAGGCAGGGCCCAAGGGAGUCCUGAAACGUGAGGAGAAUGGCAUAAAAAAGCACAGCUCCUUUGAGGAAGAGCCCCCACAUCCUGUUUCUGAUAAAACAGAGGACUACAACAAAGAGGCAAAAUACGCAUUCCCAAGAAAAAGCAGCAGGGAAUUGUUUAGUCCACAGCCACUCUAUCAGCCUGCUGAACAAAAGGAAUUUGUCACUGACAUCCUGCAGGAUAAACGAGAAGUCAAAGGCCAGUCCUUGGAGGAAAUGAUGGAGUUCGAGGGAAUCGGGACAAGAUCGAUGCUCAGAGAGCAUGACGAGCCAAUUUCAGAACUUGUGGCAACGGCAGCAACAAAGAGUGUUUCUCAGCCUGCAACUGUGGUAUCCUGUAGGCAGCAGGAAACAUCUGAGCUGUUGGAAGGGAAACUAGACUCCAGAGAGAGCAAAGCAGAAAUAGCGGAGGAUACCCUUGAUGGGUCCAGCAAAACCAUGUCAAUUAAAGAAAGGCUGGCGCUCCUAAAGAAGAGUGGUGAAGAAGACUGGAAAAACAGGCUGAACAAAAAGCAGGAAUAUGGCCGGGUAUCAGUCAUUGAGCGUGGCCCUCAGCUGCAAGAGAUGGAGCAGCUGUUGACAAAGAAGGAAGAAGGAGGAGUUACGGAUGAUAAUACCAUGUCUAAGCUGCUUUGGGAACCUGUCUAUGCUUCUACUUAUUCUCCUGCUAUAGCUGCUGCCCAUAAAUGUCAUCCCUUUGUACCUAUUAAUCAGGUCAGUAGUGCUAGUUUGAGAGAGCCAAGCCCCCUGGCCUUUGAGCAUCACCCCUGGAGAUGGAAGCAGAGGAUGUCGGAUAGCUGUGAAAGUCAGAUGACGAUUGAAGAAAGAAAGCAACUGAUUAGUGUCCGAGAAGAAGCUUGGAAGGCGAAGGGUAAAGGAGCAGCCAAUGACUCCACACAGUUCACUGUUGCUGGUAGAAUGGUAAAGAAAGGUUUAGCUUCACCUACUGCCAUAACUCCAGUAAUGUCCCCUUUCUGCAGCAGAACGAAGUCAACCAUGCCGGUCUCAAAACCCCUGGAAGAAAUCGAAGCUCGGCCAGAUAUGCAGUUAGAAUCGGACAUGAAGUUGGAUAAAUUAGAGACUUUCUUGGGAAGGCUGAACAACAAAGUUGGUGGGCUGCAAGAAACGGUACUGACGGUCACAGGGCAGUCAGUGAAAGAAGUGAUGAAGUUGGAUGAUGAAGAAACCUUUUCCAAAUUUUACCGUUGCAUGGAUUAUCCCACUCCCUCCAUGCCUUUGGAACUAGAUGAAGACUUUGAUGCCAUCUUUGAUCCUGAUGCACCAAAACUUAUUUCCUCGGUAGCAGAGCAUAAGCGUGCAGUGAGGCCCGUGCGCAGAGUCCAGGCUUCCAGGAAUCCCUUAAAGAUGUUGGCCGCAAGAGAAGACAUUCUUCAGGAGUACACAGAGCAAAGGCUAAAUGUUGCCUUCAUGGAGUCGAAGCGAAUGAAAGUGGAAAAAAUGUCUGCAAACUCAAAUUUCUCAGAAGUAGCGCUUGCUGGCUUAGCGAGUAAGGAGAACUUCAGCAGUGUUAGCCUGCGUAGUGUCAAUCUAACAGAGCAGAACUCGAACAACAGUGCUGUGCCGUACAAGAAGCUGAUGCUCUUACAGAUUAAGGGACGAAGACAUGUUCAAACAAGAUUAGUCGAACCAAGGGCUUCAUCACUGAACAGCGGUGACUGUUUCCUGUUACUUACUCCCCACCAUUGUUUCCUGUGGACAGGAGAGUUUGCAAAUGUCAUCGAAAAAGCAAAGGCUUCAGAACUUGCGACUUUAAUUCAGACCAAGCGGGAACUUGGCUGCCGAGCGCCUUAUGUGCAGACCAUAGAGGAAGGAAUCAAUACCCAUACUCAUGCAGGCAAAGACUUCUGGAAACUCGUCGGGGGCCAGACAAGUUACCAGUCUGCUGGGAGUCCAGAAGAAGAUGAAAUGUAUGAAGCUGCCAUCAUAGAAACAAAUUGCAUUUACCGACUAGUUGAUGAUAAGCUUAUUCCUGAUGAUGAUUACUGGGGGAAAAUGCCCAGGUGUACAUUGUUAAACUCAAAAGAGGUCUUAGUGUUUGAUUUUGGUAGCGAAGUAUAUGUUUGGCAUGGGAAGGAAGUCACGCUAGCACAACGAAAAGUGGCGUUCCAGUUGGCCAAGCACUUAUGGAAUGGUACCUUUGACUAUGCCAACUGUGACAUCAAUCCUCUGGAUCCUGGGGAACGCAAUCCCCUCAUCCCAAGAAAAGGACAAGGACGACCAGACUGGGCUAUUUUUGGCAGGCUCACAGAACAUAAUGAGACAAUAUUAUUUAAAGAGAAAUUUCUGGAUUGGACUGAACUGAAGAAACCUAUUGAGAAGAACUCAAGUGAAUCCCCUCAGAAGAUGGAAGAAACUAGGCUUGGCACUAAACCUUAUGAUGUCAUGCUAAUGGUACCAGUGCCUGAGACAACAGUUGGCACAGUCUUGGAUGGCAUGAAUAUUGGCCGUGGCUACGGAUUCAUUGAAGGAGAUGACGGAAGGCAAUUUGAAAUUAUCACCAUCUCUGUGGAUGUCUGGCAUAUCUUGGAAUUUGAUUAUAGCCGGCUUCCUAAACAAAGCAUCGGGCAGUUCCAUGAAGGAGACACGUAUGUUGUCAAAUGGAAGUACCUGGUGAGCACUUCAGUUGGAAGCCGGCAGAAGGGGGAUCAGCAAACGAGGGUUGUUGGCAAAGAGAAAUGUGUCUACUUCUUCUGGCAAGGCAGGCAUUCUACUGUCAGCGAGAAAGGGACAUCUGCCCUGAUGACUGUGGAGCUGGAUGAGGAAAGAGGUGCUCAGGUGCAAGUUCUUCAAGGAAAAGAGCCACCAUGUUUUCUCCAGUGCUUUCAAGGUGGAAUGAUUGUUCAUGCUGGGAGAAGGGAAGAAGAAGAAGAAAAUGCACAGAGUGACUGGCGAUUGUACUGUGUACGAGGGGAAGUUCCCCUUGAAGGAAACCUGCUUGAAGUCGCCUGCCACUGUAGCAGCCUGAGGUCCAGGAUGUCAAUGAUCGUUCUCAACAUCAGCAAAGCCCUCAUUUAUUUGUGGCAUGGCUGCAAAGCUCAGCCACACACAAGAGAAGUAGGAAGAACGGCUGCCAAUAAAAUAAAAGAACAAUGUCCGUUGGAAGCAGGAUUGCACAGCAGUAGCAAAGUGACAAUUCACGAAUGUGAUGAAGGUUCAGAGCAGCUGGGAUUCUGGGAUGCUUUAGGAAGGAGAGACCGGAAAGCAUACGAUUGUAUGUUACAAGAUCCAGGAAAGUUCAACUUCACCCCCCGCCUGUUCAUUCUGAGUAGUUCUUCGGGUGAGUUCUUGGCCACGGAGUAUGUAUAUCCAGCAAGAGACCCCUUGGUGGUCAAUUCAAUGCCAUUCCUGCAGGAAGACCUCUACACAGCUCCCCAGCCAGCCCUUUUCCUUGUCGACAAUCACCAUGAAGUGUACCUUUGGCAAGGCUGGUGGCCUAUAGAGAACAAAAUAGCUGGAUCUGCCCGAAUCCGAUGGGCUUCUGACAGAAAGUGUGCCAUGGAGACCGUCCUCCAGUACUGCAAAGGAAAGAAUGUAAAGAAGCCACCUAAAUCUUACCUAAUUCACGCUGGUCUGGAGCCUCUGACAUUCACAAAUAUGUUCCCCAGCUGGGAGCAUCGGGAAGACAUUGCCGAGAUCACAGAAAUGGAUGCUGAGGUUUCUAAUCAGAUAAUCCUUGUAGAGGAUGUGUUGGCCAAACUCUGCAAAAAACUGUACCCGCUGGCUGAUCUCUUAGCAAGGCCUCUCCCCGAGGGAGUAGAUCCAUUAAAUCUUGAAAUCUAUCUUUCAGAUGAGGACUUUGAGGCUGCAUUAGAGAUGACAAGAGAGGAAUAUAAUGCUCUGCCUUUGUGGAAACAGGUGAACCUCAAAAAGGCAAAAGGACUCUUCUAAAAAGCAUGUUAGAUGUACUCAAGGGCUAAUGCUGGAGUGGGGUCUGUCAUUCCCAACACCUCUUGGACUAACAACAGCAUAAUGAAUGGAUGUGCAUCAGUUUUCACCAAGCAAGCAAGAUGCUGUCUGAAGUUACUAGAUUUACUGCCUAUUCUGAAGUCAUGUAAUAUUGUAAAUGUGUGAGAGAACUCUUUGCAAACUCCUUAUUUUUUGGACUCGGAGAGCAAAUAAUGUAUAUGAAUUGUGCUCUUCUUUGUAACUUUAGCAGAGGCUUCUCAGACUUCUGGCUACAUACACUACUCGCCAUUGAGUUUUGAAGAUGUUCUCUUUGUAAAGUGUUAUUUUGUUAAAGCUGUGGAUUUUCAAAAUAACUUAUAUUUAUGCAAAACACAUAGGACGAGGAUGUAUUUAACAAUGCAAUGCAUAUUAUUCACUUUCGAGACUUCCGUCAAGAAAGAAUUUCAGGAAAGUGGUUGCUUGUUCUGAAUUAGUUCAAACCAUUGGUAUGCUAUCUCUCGAGCAUUCUGAAUGGUUUCCCUCUGUAAUAGGCAAUGAAUUGGUCUCAGUUGCUGCUUCAGGUGCUAAACUGAAUAAAGCGUCAUGUGGGUUUCUUAGGAAACUCUCUGAAUCCAACUUUGAUAUACUUUGAUAUCCUAAAAAUGUAUAGUGCCUUGUUUUUUUGUGUACAGUUUAUAUACAAAAAGAUUGGUCUACUUUUUGAAGAGGGCUCAGAACAGUCUCCUAUGCUCUACUUUUAUAAUAGUAGAAAUUAAAACAUCUCAGUUUCUGAUAACUUGUAAACAUGAAAUGUCUUUUGUGAUAAAGGCUUAAAACAAAGCUUCAGAAUAAACUCUUAGCAAUGCA